CUGGAACACACAGCUGCGGGGAGACGAAGUCCAGCAUGGAAGAGUCAGUCUGCUUGUGGUGUGCAUGCAAAAGAAGAUAGCUAGAAAGACUCUGCAGUGCCAGAUGGAACAGGAGCUUUCCGUGAAAAGGCAGACUGGAGGCUCCUGGGAGGUCUCCUCAGGCAUGCUGGCUCCCAGCUGCUCUGAGAAGACCUUCCUAGGCAGCCAGCCCUGCCCAAUAGCAGGGCCUCUGCAUUUCUGUAACCCUAAACAAAGCCCCCAGGGACACCCCACACACACCCAGGAGGCUGAGCCACUAAAGCUCCGGGGAUCAGGAGAAACAAAGAGAGAGGGGAAAGAGAGUGCUGACAGAGCCACUGGCCAGCAGCUGCGGAACUAUAAAGAGAGGACCCACAGAGGAAGCUGCACCAGAUGGAGACCCAGACUGUGCAGCGAGAGCUGGAAACUCUUCCAACCACUAAGAUGGCUCAGACCAACCCUAUGCCAGGUUCCUUGGGACCAUGGAAGAUAACCAUCUAUGAUCAGGAGAACUUCCAGGGCAAGAGGAUGGAGUUUACCAGUUCCUGCCCAAAUGUCUCUGAGCGUAGUUUUGAUAAUGUCCGGUCUCUUAAGGUGGAGUGUGGCGCCUGGAUUGGUUAUGAGCACACCAGCUUCUGUGGGCAGCAGUUUAUCCUGGAGAGAGGAGAAUACCCUCGAUGGGAUGCCUGGAGUGGGAGCAAUGCCUACCAUAUUGAGCGUCUCAUGUCCUUCCGCCCCAUCUGCUCUGCUAAUCAUAAGGAGUCUAAGAUUACCAUCUUCGAGAAAGAGAACUUCAUCGGGCGCCAGUGGGAGAUCUGUGAUGACUAUCCUUCCUUGCAAGCCAUGGGCUGGUUCAACAAUGAAGUUGGUUCCAUGAAGAUACAAUGUGGGGCCUGGGUCUGCUACCAGUAUCCUGGAUAUCGUGGUUAUCAGUAUAUCUUGGAAUGUGACCAUCAUGGAGGAGACUACAAACACUGGAAAGAGUGGGGAUCUCAUGCCCAGACUUCCCAGAUCCAAUCUAUUCGCCGAAUCCAACAAUAGUGGGUUAAAACUUCCAAAAUUCCUCAAGCAUGAGAUCUUGCUAAACACUCUAGAAUUCAAUGUUCUGCCCAGAAACUGCUUUCAAAUGUUAGCUAAAA